CUUAACGGCGACUACGGAUGCUAGAGGCGCCUGGCGAGAAAGGUGUCAUUGAGAAGAAAGUUGAUUUCUACAGGGACUGCGGUGGGCGGCGGCGGCAGCCGCGCUCCACCUGGGGCUGCGCGGUGGCUCACGUGUGCGCUGGGCCCGAGGACGCGCCGGCGGCGGGAUUCGAACGCCGAGCGGAGCUGCGCCCCGCGGUCUGGUCGGCGCCCGGCGGCCCAGGUCCGAGUGGGAGGAAGCGGCGCGCACAGCUGGCUUCCGUCGGGCUGAGGCCUCCCUCCCCGCCUGCUCCCCUCUCUCCCGCCUCCCGCCCCAGAAAUUAUCUCAAGCGUUGCCAGUGCGAUUCCAGAGCCCCACUCGGCAUCGGACAGAGCAGAUUUCUCGGCAGCGGCAGCAGCGUUGUGAGGACUUAGCUGGGACCUGGAAUCGUAUCCUCCUGUAUUUUUUCAGACUCUUUGGAAAUUAAGGAAUGCAAUUCUGCCACCAUGAUGGAAGGAUUGAAAAAACGUACAAGGAAGGCCUUUGGAAUACGGAAGAAAGAAAAGGACACUGAUUCUACAGGUUCACCAGAUAGAGAUGGAAUUCAGCCCAGCCCACAUGAACCACCCUACAAUAACAAAGCAGAGUGCGCACGUGAAGGAGGAAAAAAAGUUUCGAAGAAAAGCAAUGGGGCACCAAAUGGAUUUUAUGCGGAAAUUGAUUGGGAAAGAUAUAACUCGCCAGAGCUGGAUGAAGAAGGCUACAGCAUCAGACCUGAGGAACCCGGCUCUACCAAAGGAAAGCACUUUUAUUCUUCAAGCGAAUCGGAAGAGGAAGAAGAAUCACACAAGAAGUUUAAUAUCAAGAUUAAGCCAUUGCAAGCUAAAGACAUUCUUAAGAACGCUGCAACUGUAGAUGAACUGAAGGCAUCAAUAGGCAACAUUGCACUUUCCCCAUCACCAGUGGGUGCAAUUAAAAGGAACUUAUCCAGUGAAGAAGUAGCGAGACCCAGGCGUUCCACACCAACUCCAGAACUCAUAAGCAGAAAACCUCCAGAUGACACCAUGGCACUUGCUCCCCUCUUUGGCCCACCAUUAGAAUCAGCUUUUGACGAACAGAAGACAGAAGUUCUUUUAGAUCAGCCUGAGAUAUGGGGUCCAGGCCAACCAAUUAAUCCAAGCACGGAGUCGCCAAAGUUAACAAGGCCUUUUCCCACUGGAACACCUCCACCACUGCCUCCAAAACACGUACCAGCCACCCCACCCCGAACAGGCUCCCCCUUAACAACUGGACCAGGAAAUGACCAGUCAGCCACAGAGGUCAAAAUUGAAAAACUACCAUCAAUCAAUGACUUGGACAGCAUUUUUGGCCCUGUGUUGUCCCCCAAGUCUGUUGCUGUUAAUGCCGAAGAAAAGUGGGUCCAUUUUUCUGAUACAUCCCCGGAACGUGUUACUCCAGAGUUGACUCCAAGGGAAAAGGUGGUGUCCCCACCAGCUGCCUCAGACAACCCAGCUGAAUCCCCGCCUCCGGGCCCCCCGGGCCCUCCUGGCCCCCCAGGACCUCUGAGUCCUCCUCGCAAUGUACCAUCGCCACUCAACUUAGAAGAAGUCCAGAAGAAAGUCGCUGAGCAGGCCUUCAUUAAAGAUGAUUACUUAGAAACAAUCUCAUCUCCUAAAGAUUUGGGGCUGGGGCAGAGAGCAACUCCGCCUGCCCCACCACCACCCACCUACAGGACUGUGGUUUCGUCCCCCGGACCUGGCUCGGGCAGUGGUACGGGGACCACCAGCGGUGCAUCAUCCCCUGCUCGGCCAGGCACCCCCUUGGUUCCUUGCAGCACCACGACCCCACCUCCACCUCCUCCCCGGCCUCCGUCUCGGCCAAAGCUACCUCCAGGGAAGCCUGGAGUCGGAGAUGUGCCCCGACCUUUCAGCCCUCCCAUCCAUUCUUCCAGCCCUCCUCCGAUAGCACCCCUAGCCCGGGCUGAGAGCACUUCUUCAAUAUCGUCCACCAAUUCCUUGAGUGCAGCCACCACCCCGACAGUUGGUUCUUCCAGGGGACCCAGCCCCUUAACUAUGGGAGCCCAGGACACCCUCCCUGUUGCAGCAGCAUUUACAGAAACGGUCAAUGCCUACUUCAAAGGAGCGGAUCCGAGCAAAUGUAUCGUGAAGAUUACUGGAGAAAUGGUGUUGUCCUUUCCUGCCGGCAUCACCAGACACUUUGCCAACAACCCAUCGCCAGCUGCUUUGACUUUUCGGGUGACAAAUUUCAGCAGGUUAGAACACGUCCUGCCAAAUCCCCAACUUCUCUGCUGUGAUAAUACCCAAAAUGAUGCCAAUGCCAAGGAAUUCUGGGUAAACAUGCCAAAUUUGAUGAUUCAUCUAAAGAAAGUGUCGGAACAAAAACCCCAGGCUACGUAUUAUAAUGUGGAUAUGCUCAAAUAUCAGGUGUCAGCCCAGGGCAUUCAGUCCACGCCUCUGAACCUGGCAGUGAACUGGCGAUGUGAGCCGGCAAGCACCGACCUGCGCAUAGAUUACAAAUACAAUACGGAUGCAAUGACAACGGCCGUGGCCCUCAACAAUGUGCAGUUCCUGGUCCCCAUAGAUGGAGGGGUAACCAAGCUCCAGGCUGUGCUCCCACCAGCAGUCUGGAAUGCUGAACAGCACAGAAUAUUGUGGAAGAUUCCUGAUAUUUCUCAGAAGUCAGAAAAUGGAGGAGUGGGCUCUUUAUUGGCAAGAUUUCAGUUAUCUGAAGGCCCAAGCAAACCUUCCCCAUUGGUUGUGCAGUUUACAAGUGAAGGGAGCACCCUUUCUGGCUGUGACAUUGAACUUGUUGGAGCAGGGUAUAGAUUUUCACUCAUCAAGAAAAGGUUUGCUGCAGGAAAAUACUUGGCAGAUAACUAAUAAAAUCUUAUGCAAGGAUUUGGAGGAUUCAUAUAAUGGAGAACUACUGUAUGAGAAACAGGUUUUAAUUUUGGUUUGAUGAAAAUAAACCAAAAUCUGCACUUGGGAUAUAUCUGCUGGAAAUGUCAAUGACUUUCAGCAAUGAUUUCCCUCACACAAUACCAUGAUGACCAGUCCUACAGUAUUUACUUCUAGGUGUAAUAUUGUUAAUGGUUUUAAAAUGUAAUUAUUGUAUUUGUAAAUUGUACUCAUUCCAGUAAGGCAGUUAUACUUGAGUUUUAGCAUUUUACCAUUCCUGAAAUGGAUGUAAUUUAAACUGUGGUAUGUAAAUUUAAUAGUAGUACUGUUGAAUGGCACAAUGCUUACAGAGGUAGAUUGCAUUUUGUCAAUAUAUAAAAUUUAAAUAUAAUAUUGAUAGCUGUCAUAAGGGGGUGCCACACACAAAGCAAAUUCAGUGGAACCAGAAAAAAACUUCCUUUUCUUCGGUCCUUAGUAUGUUUUACUCUAGUGCUAAGUAAAAAUUCUAUCUUCAAAUAUUUAGUGGGUUAAAGUCAGAAACUAUUUCAGAAAAAAUAAAAAUUCUAAGGUACAUGCGCAUAUUCAAAGAAAAGCAUUAAUUACCACUUUUUAAAAAGCUUUUUUUUCAAACUGCAAAUUUCAUAAAAAUGCAAACUGUGUAAACAGGGCCUCUUAUUUUUAUAACUUGUGUAAAAAGGGAAAGCAAUUCAUAUUUAAAGUUUAUGAAAUUAUAAUCAAGAGUAAAGAAGAUGUCGAAGUCUUAACUACUUCCCCCUCUCUCCACAGUUUAGCAGAUGUGGAGAUUACUGAAUAAUCAGACUAAAACCAAAAUUGUGAUUUUAAAAUUUCAAGAAUUUCCAUAGUUGAACUGGUUAACAACUUUUGCACAAUAACUCUAAACAGAGAAUGCCUCCCAUCCAGCAUGGGGAAAGGUACCAAGCAUCUUCCUCUUUACUAAUAGGAACCAAAACAUUGGUUUAAAUAUUCCAGAAAAAAAAGAUUUUAGUCCCCUACUUAAAUCCAGAAGGAGAAUUUUAAUUGUCAUCAUUUAUAUCAUUUGGGAAGGAAAAAAUAAGCUUUAUAAAUCAAAUUCUAACCACAUU